AUGGAGGUGGAUCAUAUUGUGAGAAUAAUGGUCGAGUUUGGAAGCAAGGGUUUAGUCCUGAGCCGGCGUGUAGGGUCUCUUUACAGAAGGGAAGUAAAGAAGGUGGGGGAGUUACAGGGUAAGGUGGAUAAGCUGGAGGAGGAGAAGGAGACUUUAGAAAAGGAGAAAGAGGGUUGGGAAGCGGAAAGGAAAAGGCUGGCAAUAUGGAAGGUGCGUUGCUUGGAUUCUGAGGAUAAAUUAAACAAGCGUAUCAGGGAGUUGGAGGAAGACUAUGAGGACUUGAAGGAUAAGUAUGAUGGGGCUGUUGGGGAACUUGAUGAUCUUAAGAACAGCGCGGCCUUCUUCCAUCCAGAUGUGGAUGUCUCGGAUUCAAGAUUCGACGUAGAUAAGGAUGUAGUUGAUGGGAGGUUGGUGAGGGAGGAUAGGGGGGAUGCUGAGGAGGUGGAGGAGAAGGCGGCAGAGGAGGAGAAGGAUGCGGAAGCUGCCAUGGAGGGUGAUGAUAACAAGGCGACGUAG